AUGAACAAGUCCAAUAUGUUUAUCACUGCUGUUUGUGUCUUAUUUGUGAUAAAACUUACUUCUGUUUGGAGCCACAUUAAGAUCAAAGGUACAAAGGUAAGGUAAGUAGUAGUUGCACGGGACAGUAAUUUAGACGUGCCUCUCAUAAAUGUCUCCAGGAUUCGAUCCUCGAGCCACUGCGUGGUCAUUUGAUUAUUUCCAAAUGGUGGGUGGCGUUUUAGUGUGCCACUUGCAGUGGGAGAAGUGCCUUGCUGUUCCUACUAUACCCAACAGCUUCCACAUGUGUUGCGUGGAGCUGGCUCUUAAGAGGGUGCUUUGCACCCGUAUUGGAAGUAAAGGGCAGACAGGUUAUGGCUUUCAGGGUGAAUGUUCUUCUUCAAUCACGUCACGCGGUAGUGGUCAUCCACUGUCUCAGUGGAAAGGUCGCGUCACCUAACAUUCCCCAUUUAAAACUAAGCAACAUCCAACAAUAUUCUCCAAUUCUCGAAACUGCGCGUGUUGCCAAAAAACGAGAGAAACAAUCAGAUUCACGUAUUCCCAAUAGAACACAGCUGAGUGGCAGCUAAUACAGAUUGGUAUAAAUCUACUGGCGUUCUAUCAUGAAUGCCGUUCUCUGAUUGGCUAAGCUACUCACUAUCUAUUCUGUGAGUAGUGUAGCAGUGUUCCCUUGUUAACAACAUGACAGCCGCUUCUUGGCGUUUCCGAUGAGUCUGUUAAGAGGAUUUAGAUAAAGUUUGAACGACUUGUAGAUUUAUACUAAAACAAUUAAAUUGUUCGCUCCCUAUUUCUACCGCGCGAUAGUUGACUCGUGCUGCUAAUAUAAAAAGGGUUUUCACAUUUUUAAUGAUUUCAGAUAGUAAAUUACGUGAGUUAUAAAGUUGUACAAGGAAAUUGGCGCACACGGAGCCAUAUCAAUUCCACUUUGUUUCAGUAACACUCAAUUUGUCUGGCUGCAAAGUGAUUUUACUUGGAUUUCAUCCAGAUCAGCAAAUCUGAUACCGAUAUAGAAGAGAUGUACUUUAGGAGAAUGCACAAUUAGUCAAUCAGAUUCAAAGAUUUCGGAUCCCGGACAAACUAAAUACUUGCGAAAAAAAAAAAAUCCUUUUGUUAUAAUGCAAACUGGUCAAUGAUGAAAAGGAGAAUUCUUCAUUCGUUCAUUAGUGGUCCGAAUUUUGUAUCGAAGCCUGUUGUUUGUCUUCUCAUUCCUACGUUGUCUUUAUCAGAACGUUAAAAUCGUUCCAGGAGCCCUACUUUUCUUUACCACGACUUAUUAGAAAUACUUCUGUAUCAGUAAGCAUUAUUGUCUUCAAAUUUUAUGUCAGUUACAGUUUAAAAACUAUCAAAAUAUUCUGCAUUACACCUGAGAUAAAAAAGAAAACGUAAACAUUUAUCGCUGUUUUACAGAUAUGCCGCGAAGGACGUCUCUCGCAUAAAUCAGGGUAUGCAAAGUGCUGUGGAAAAAUGCGGUACAAUCCAGCCCAGCAGGUACGUAAUAGUCUCGAUCAAACGCGAUUUUCUUCAUGUUUACUCCAGUCUGUACGCUAAAGGGACUCAGUCAUGGUUAAACUGUUUUAAAAGUUUAGCUAAGCUUUUCAAAUUUGUUGUUUGCAAUCCGUGUUAACCUUCUUCAUUCUUAACCAUCCUUGUUCCUUUAUGGUUUAUUAUCAUCACUUUGAUGUUUUUCUAUCUUUACAAAGUGUUAUUUUCAGGCUUCCUUCAAUUUAACGGUAAUUUUUGUCGAUGCUCAAAAUAACUCAAAAUACCGUGACUGAGUCUCUUUAACCCGUGGACGUACAAAGGGAGGGGAGGGAUUGGAUACCACCCCCUGGUUUUUUCAAAGUUUUGUAAAGAUGAUUUACUUUAACUUUCAGUAGAUCUUCAUUUAUCCUUUGCGGAAAUUUUGAUAUGCAAUUGUGUGUUCAUCAUUUUUGACGUUGCCAUGUUAACCGCAAAUUUCAUGUAGGUUUGGCCAAAAAUCAACUUCUUUGACAUAAUUAAGUACUUUUCUCUAGUUUUAAGCUCCGAUUACCAGCCGCUGUUGGGGAAAUGAGCCCCAGGAUAGACCAGACAAGAGAGAGCGGCGGGUUAGGGCCAAAUUCCAGAAAUUUACCAACUUGCUCAAUUCAUAAGCAUUUUGGCUUGAUUUUAUAUUAACUUUGGUUAUUUCUUGACUUCUUAAGAAAAAAUGAUAAAUUUUAAAAUGGCGGAUCCGAUGUCGUCAUUGGCGUCCUAUGACGUCACAGCCAACUAAUGUGGUAGAGCAAGCUCAGUAUCUAAGGUCACAGGUUUUCAUUAUACGGAACGACACUAAGCCGGGCAUUAACAACUUUUUCUUGCAGUAAACUGGCUAAUAAGGGGGUUUGGUUAUGUAACUGUACUUUGUCAUUGAAUUCGUGCCGUCUACAAACCAUUCGUAAAAAAUCCAACGAGUGAACGAGCGAGUAAUUCAGAUACUAGACAAAGAAAGAUGUGUUAAAGAACAAAUUUAUUUCGAUUUACUUCAUGUUAGUUGUAUUUAGUUCACCAGUUAAGUUCUGCAAAAGUGUUUUCCCGGUGUGCAAUUUCGUGCGAGAUUGUUGUUGUGCUACAAAAACAAUUUCUCUCAGUCGUUGCUGAUCACUCGAAAUCAGACUUUUCUACCAUAAAUUGAGUAGCAGAUAGCGAGUUAAUUCGUUAAGUGUAUUCCACAGAAAUUUUCUCAAAUACAGUAACGAUCAGAGAGGUAAAAUCGACUGAGAGACACAGGAUUAUGGGCCAUUAUAUCGCCUACCUACCAACAGCCAAACCAUCUGUCACGACUUCAAAAAACUCAAUUGAAUUUACUUACGGUGACUUUCCUUGCCAUUUAAAGGUAAAGAGAGUUAAAAGUGCGUUGAUUUAUUGAUUACAGAGGUGUAAACAGGGCGAAAGGUGGACGAUUACGGCUAAUUCGUUCACAAAAAUAGAUCGAUUCGGCGGAUUCCGCCCGCUGUGGCGCCGGUCCCGAUGAGGAAAUCCGGCCGCUACAGGAACCAAUCAGAUUGCAGGAUUUGUUGAAUUCCGCCCGCUCACGAUCUCAAAAAAAAGUACAUAUCUAUACGCCUUAUAUGUUAUCAAUUAUUUUCUGAUUGAAAUUCUUGCAUGUCUCUUGCAAACAACACUGUUUUAUAGAACAUUUAGUUUUAUCAACUGGGUUGAUAAUCUGAAUUGGCCACAGUAAAGAGUUAGCUUUCGAAUUUCUCUACGGUGGCCAAUUCACAUUAGUUACCCAGUUGAUAAUACUAAAUUAUCUUGCAAUGAUCCCCAACGACGCAGCACCACAGUUUCUUUAGAACAACCUCCUUUAUUCGUUUAUUUUAUAUAGAUAUGCUGCCAAGGACAUAUCUUGUCUAAACCGAGGAAUGGACAUUGCUGUGGAGCAAAGGCAUACAACCCAACCUGGCAGGUAAUAUUUUCGAAGGAUAGCAAUUUGUUUUCUACAGUCUCCGCUAACUUUGCUAUCAGCUCGCCCUCAUUCGGCGUUAUUUUGUCCCUAGUGCCCAGUUCCUAUGCCUUGUGUCCGGGCCACGUGGUCUCGGGUUUAUUUACCGAAAAUAAAUCAACUGACUGUGAAGGGAGAAAGGAGAAAGCAGUUCAGAAAUAUGCAAAUUUGGCUAUAAGCCUAUUGUUCUUUCUCAAAAUAGCCCAUCUUUUCUCGCUUGUAAAAUCCACACAUUUCGUCUAAGGCCUGGUAAACUUUAGAGCUGUUUAUUUCAAACCUUAACCCUAUUCAGACUGGGGGCUUUUCGAACCCCCCCUCCGGCAAAAUCGUGAUAACUCCUACACCGAAAGAGCUAUGACGUUCAAAUUUUCUGACUUUUCCUAAAAUUUAUCUAAGAACAUUUUGGUAUAAUCACCAUGUCCAUGUGAUCAAUCAUGUUGCCAUGGCAACCAGUUUCUGACACAUAGGGUUUCGAAAAUUUAAAAAAUGGUGAUUUUUUUGUUUUAAGAUCGCGUUUUUACACUUAUAGUGCUUUUUGUUGUUAAAAUGGUCUUUGCUUGGGACUAGUUUUUGAAUUACGUCAAAAUGUUUCAACAUCGAAUAUUUGGGGGGAGGGGUGGGGUAAAAUUUGUCCCUUUUUUGCUUUGACAAUAAUAAUAAUAAUUCAAAUUUUAAAUUUUAUUGCUUCCUAUUGCUUUUUCUCGCUGUACAAGUGUUUCCUUGUUACUAGUUCAUAAGAAAGGAUAACAAAGAGAUGACUUUACCAAUAUUAUUGAUAUUUUACGUAUCUAAGUGGAAAAAUAACAAGAAACAUUGAAAAAUCAGAAUAUGACUUCACUGUGACGUCAUCAUUGGGCGUGGCAAGUCAAAACUGGGUGUGGGGCUUCUUUGUACGGAGAUGAUCAUUGUGUGUAAAUUUCAUGACCCUAGCAUUAUUGGUUCCAGAGAUACAGAGGGGGGGUCCGAGGAGCCCCCCCCAGUCACAGAUUGACCAAAAAAGCCCAGUCUGAAUAGGGUUAAACAGAAAAAGAAAAUUCAUUACAGAGCGAUAUCAUUGUCAAAAGUUCACGGCAAAGGUAAGAAGAAAUCUGCGGUGUAGUAGUACAGAUGUCUCUGGGAAUCGAACCUCGGACCGCUGUGUAUUUAUUUAAAGUAUUUUCGUAGGUCACUGCCUUACUCACUUCUCAGUUUUUCCAAAUUUUAGAGAAGUAGUGUAAGUACAAGUGGACUACGAGUCCAAGUUUUCUACGAGCGAGUGUCAUGUUACUGGCCGGCUGGGAGGUCCGUACAAUGAAAAUCUGUGACCGAUGUCUUGAAAAUGCCGCCCGACCGACCCUAAGCUGGGAAAUAACAUGUUUACUUUUUUUGCUGUGAUAAAUUGGCCAAUAAACAACAAAGGCAACAAUCUUUAUUUACCGCUAUUCAGGUAAAAACAAAAAAAGAAAGUAUCAAAAACGAAUGAUAGAGAUUACAUAACUAUAUGUAUAAUUUCAGUCAGUGUGCAACAGUCAAAGUAGCAAAGCUUUCGAGUUGGCUGCUGCUUAUUUACAAAUAAAGAAAGCACCGAUGGAAACACUAAAAUAAUAAUUAAGACUGAACUAAUUCACAGAGCAAUAAAUGUAGUACAGUACUACAGAGUCGUUUUAAGUUUGUCAAUACUGUUUCACACAAUUUAGAGGCUAUAUAUACAGAUCCUACGUAAACAGGCAGCAUUUCUGCUUGCGGUCCUCUGCAUCAUUAUGUUUUGCUAUAUAUACCAAACGUAAAUUUGCCAAUGUUGGUCCUUUGACUUUUGGUUAAUGAAAAUUAUCCUCUGAGGCGUAUCUGGUGUUAUACUUUUGCAAAUUAGAGACUGUUCCAAGAGAAUCGUAAAGUAGUCUUGGCCUCGACAAGACUUUUUUCUUCAUUUUCCUUUAAUCCAGUCAGGUAAAAUAUGAUCUUAAUUCUCAAAACUUUCCAACAGUUAACGCUAUCUAUAUGUCUGUCCCGUAGUAGAUCAUUGGUCAAGAGAAUAACUUGACUAAUCAUAAAAAUUACAAUUUCCUCGAUUGUGAUUGGUUUAAAAAACUCCUAUUUCCCACUAAUUUACUAGUCAAGUUGUUAUCGGACACCUUGUUAUCGGACAGUUUAUUAUCGGACAGUUCAAUAAGCCAAUCACAUUCAAAGUUUAGUUAAAAUUAUCCAAUCACAUUUAAAGUGCAGUUUAAAUCAACCAAUCACUACCUUGGUUUCAAUCACCAUAGAAGCAAGUGUACAAACUCCAAAAUUGGGGCUUUCUUCAAAAUGGAGAAUUUUUUCCCUUGAACAAUGACUAUAUUUUAGAAGACAGUGACGAUUUCUUUUAUCCUGUGGCACAAAUCUGUAUGCCAACUAUCCAGACGAGUUCCUUUGUGGAUAUGUUGACAUGUUCAGAAGAAGUUCACCCCACCACAGCAUUGUUUUAUAUCGCUUCGCAACAACCGCGGCAAACGGAGGUAAACAUCCACUCGACUGAAAUACCACUGCACAGUACGAUAGUAUUUCCUCCCUCCAAAAUCCUCAGUUUGUUCAACAAAAUACAAGAACAACGGCAGUAGACCAAGCUAAGUUUUCCCCUUGUAUCGGACAGAGAAACUCGUCAGAAAUAAAUAAUAGUAAAACCGCAGCCUCCAAAACAUCGCUCGACUGAGCAAUUAAAUCAUGGAUGGCAGCAUAGGUAGAAUGUUGUAAUGCCAAAAUGCUUUAAACUGCCACUGAAAGACGAGAAUAAUUUGACGUUGCUAGCGGAUACGUGCCUGUACAAUCCAGCUCGAUAUCUGCGAUUAAUCAUAAAAAUUACAAUUUCCUUGAUUGUGAUUGGUUUAAAAAACUCCUAUUUCCGACUAAUUCACUUGUCAAGUUGUUAUCGGACAGUUUGUUAUCGGACACCUUGUUAUCGGACAGUUCAAUAAGCCAAUCACAUUCAAAGUUGUAGUUAAAAUUAAGCAAUCACAUUUAAAGUGUAGUUUAAAUCAACCAAUCACAACCUUGGUUUCAAUCACCAUAGAAACAAGUGUAGAAACUCCAAAAUUGGGGUUUUGUUCAAAAUGGAGAAUUUUUUCCCUUGAACAAUGACUAUAUUUUAGAAAACAGUGGUGAUUGCUUUUAUCCUAUGGCACAAAUGUUUCUGCGGACUAUCCAGACGAGUUCCUUUGUGGAUAUGUUGACAUGUUCAGAUGAAGUUCAGCCCUCCACUGCAUUGUUUUAUAUCGCUUCGCAACAACCGCGGCAAACGGAGGUAAACAUCCACCCGACUGAAAUACCACUGCACAGUUCGAUAGUAUUUCCUCUUCGAAAAUCCUCAUCUUGUUCCACAGAAUACAGGAGCAAUGGCAGUAGACCAAGCGAAGUUUUCCCCUUGUAUUGGACGGAGAAAUUUCAGAAAUAAACAAGCUUAAUAGUAAAACCGCAGCCUCCAAAAACAUCGCUCGAGCAACUAAAUCUAGGAUGGCAGCAUAGGUAGAAUGUUGUAAAGCCAACAACAUUAAUGCAUUAAUCUGCCAGUAAAAGACGAGAAUCAUUUCACAUUGCUAGCGGAUACGUGCCUGUACAAUCCAGCUCAACAUCUGCGAUUUAUUCAACAUUCCCUUUGCACAGUUCGGUGCCUGCAUGCAGCUUCGGUAAAUCCACUGCUGUAUGAGAAUGUUCGACCAGCAGUCCCGCCCCAAUCAGUUCAAACCAAGUUUCUUCAUUAGCAAAUGUGGCAGAAUUCACCGGUAUGCCGUCGUCCAAGUACAGCAUGGCCACAAAAUAAAAUCUCUCGGCGCCAUUUUAAAUUUUAAACAGUUUUGUGUUUAAAACACCAGCAACUUGAGAGAAAGUCCCCGUCCCGAAAAGCCAAGGAAACGAAGAAUCAUCAUUGACUCUGGCUCUGAUGUUUACAACUUGAAGUAAGCUGUCUAUCGACUCCAACUCAGCUUAAAAACCUUGAAUUUUGUACGAAAAACUGCCCUGCAGGCUAGCGUUCGGAAGUUUAACCAAUUUCUGCAAAGUUCUGCGCAGUUGUGCGUUUUUCACGCAUGGUUGCGUUUUUGACUGACAUAAGACUUGUUUUACGCUCGUCACUUGGCAACCAGCAAAUCAUUUUGAAUGUUGUCAAUUUCAGAGCCGCAUUUUUAUAACUUGGCUAUUUUCCUUUUCUCGGAAAUUGUAAUUUUUAUGAUUAAUUGGUAAUAAGACUUUGUGUCGUCCAAUUCAGUCUGUAAUCAUACUCGUGAUAAACAAAUCAGACUCCCGCUGCGCGGUCGUCCGAUUUUGUUAUCACUCGUAUGAUUGCAGACCGAAUUGGACUCCACUCAGUCCUAUGAUCAUUACUUAUUCAACAUUCCCUUUGCACAGUUCGGUGCCUCCGUGCCUGCAGCUUCGGCAAAUCCACCAGUUGUAUGAAAAUGUUCGACCAGCAGUUCCGCCCCAAUCAGUUCAAACCAAGCUUCUUCAUUAGCGAAUGUGGCAGAAUUCACCGGUAUGCCGUUGUCCAAGUACAGCAUGGCCACAAAAUAAAAUCUCUCGGCGCCAUUUUAAAUUUUAAACGGUGUUAAAACACCAGCAACUUGAGAGAAAGUCCAAAGUUACAGCUUGAAAUGAGCUGUCUAUCGACUCCGGCUCAGCUUAAAAACCUUGAAUUUUGCAGCAAAAACUGCCCUGGCUAGCGUUCGGAAUUUUAACCUACUUCUGCAAAGUUCUGCGCAGUUGUGCGUUUUUCAUGCAUGGUUGCGUUUUUGUCUGACGUAAGACUUGUUUUUCGCUCGUCACUGGCAACCAGUAAAUCCAUUUUGAAUGUUGUCAAUUUCAGAGCGGCAUUUUUAUAACUUGGCUAUUUUCCUUUUCUCGGAAAUUGUAAUUUUUAUGAUUAAUUGGUAAUAAGACUUCGUGUCGUCCAAUUCAGUCUGUAAUCAUACUCGUGAUAAACAAAUCGGACUCCCCCUGUGCGGUCGUCCGAUUUUGUUAUCACUCGUAUGAUUGCAGACCGAAUUGGACUCCACUCAGUCCUAUUACCAUUAUUUAUUAUGAAACAGAUUACAGAUGUGAAGUCCGUUAAUAUAAAUCAUAAGUAAGAACCAAUCAGUAUGCGAGAACAAUUUUAAAUAUUAAAUAAUUAGCAAUUAUUGAAUACGGCUUUCGUAAGAUAUGAAGAAUUCUACAGAUCUAGGAGGUUGUCAUCCACCGAGGCCAUUCAAAUUAUAUCCCCGUUCUUAAUAGUCUCCUUCGCAGCCGUUCUUUGUUUUUCUGCUCACCAAAAAUAACACCAGGUUUUCUCGGUCAAAGGUUCAAAGGUUCAAUAACCUGCUGCGGGCUGCACUUUUGACGUCAUUGGUUCAAUGUGACAAACUUGACUUAUGACGUCAUUGGUUCAGAUUAUGGUGAAUUAUGCGCGUGGUUUUGACCAAUCAGAAACAGGAAAAUAUUUUUAAUGAAUAAUAAUUAACAAUUAUUCCAGGAGCGUGCGUUGGAUAUGAGAUCAUGGAUAGCCGGCAACGAGGCGCCUAGCACCGAGCUGGCUGUAAUCAUCUCAAAUCCAACAAGCGCAAGUGGAAUAAUUGUUUUUGCAACAAUGCUCUCAAAAUACAGAAAACUAAAAUAAAAUUAAAAGAAAAACGCCCCCCCCCCCCCGCCACCGAAAAAAAAUUACUAUGCACGCGCUUACCAUUUUUGUAGAGGGUUGUAUAAAUAUGUUAUUGACCAAGCGUCUUUUCUGCAUGUUUAUGAACCGUAUACGCGCACAAAAAAAAAAAAAAGAAAAGAAAAACCGAGGCCAAUAUCCAGCCAUCUUGACCGAAAAAGCUUGGUCAAUAAAGGAUAUAUUAUUUUAUUAUUUGGUUUUCAAAGAAAUCUAUCUCGCGGGACACAGCGGGUAGUCCCGAGCGGGCAAGAUGGCUCCAUCUUGCCCGCUCACGGAACUAGCCAUAUAAUAAAAUGGUUUAUAGCUCCUGCGACUAAGCCAAUAAAAACUCCUGAAUUGCAUUAUCUAAUGAUUCAGUUGUUAGAAGUGUGUUUUUUUUAAACAUUAUUAUUGGGCUUUAUAAAUACGGAAUGUGGUGCCAUGUUUAAUAGUAGGUGUUCGCUAACCUCCUUGAAGAUCAUUGCACCCUAUUUUCGUAACAAGUGUUGCUCUAACAUUUUUUUCUAUUUUGUUAUUGCUGAUCAGAAAUGUUGCCGGUAUAGAUUCUUCACGACGGUGAUCACGUAUUUGCGCGGCGGGUGCCCCAUACCCUGAGAGAGGUCCUCUGCAGAACACAGACGCAAAGCAAUGAAGCAAUGCCAAGCGUGACAAGUUCUUUCUCGUCAAUUUUGGGGAAUAAUGGGAGUUCUGACAUUUUUAUAGGUAGCUACUGAGUGUGUUGGAUGCGGUCGCCUGACCAACUGCUGAAGCCUCGUUAGUCUGAUAAUUGGUUGAAAUUUUUGUAAACGAAGCGGGAUAAAUAAAAAUUUGCUUAGCAGAAAAUGAACAGGUCUGGUGUGUGUAUAUUGCAGGAUUCAGAUUCGGGACAGCAGACUGUAGACUAACCCUAACAUGGACCAAAUAUUAGCUAAAAAUUUACCAUAACUCUGGAGAUUAGUUUUGGCGCUAAUAUUAACCUUGCAGUCAGCAGUCUGCAGUCUGUGUUUUACCUCGAUUUGCUUCCAUAUCGCUCCAGCAACUUACGACUAACAGUUUGCAUGUGAUCGCCAGGAUUAUAUCGUUACGGCAUAAUUAAAAUACUCCAGAGAACCAGCGGCAGUGAAUUCAAACAGCGGUGGUGAAUUCUCAUACAAGCGUACACCCUUGGAAAAUUCAAUGCAUCAUGUGCGCUGAGUACAGGGUGCCGUCUGCUCUAACCAAGUUCAGGAGCCCUUUACUAGGAGCCUGCAAAUCCUAUAAUAAGCCAAUGCAACGGAAGUUUCACAGACCAGUCUAUUUUUAGCUAUUUUCCCGCAAAGUAGGCCAGUUUCAGUCUACAUGAGCAGUCUACGUGAACAUGUUGGCAUCAUGUCGACAUGUUAACAUUAGUCCAUGCUUGUGAUUGCAAUUGGUCACUGACGUUCCUGUGGGAUCUGAAUUCGAGAUAAAUUCAAACUAAAAAUAGAUCGGUCUGGGAAAACGCCGUGACAGGAAUAUGAGGUGUUUCAGGCUCCUAGAAGCAGUCAGUAUUUUUUGCCAUGGAAAUGCAAACUAUGCAUGUUAUAUUAUACACCAUCACCUCCGAAAUUCAAAAAAAUUGCAAUGGGAUUUUCGGAGCGAAAUUUCUAAACAAAGGGAAACAAAUAUUUUAGCUGUCCUGCGCUUUUAAAAUCCCUUCAAAAGAGAUGUUUUCCCCUGCACUUUUCAAGAAACUACUUUCGAGACGGUCUUGUGCUUCGUGAUUAUCAUUCACGCAGGAGACUGUAGCCUGUGAGCAGGCUGACCUUUGAGUCACGCGCGCGAGCGACGAAGAGCAAAUCGAUCAGACAGGGAGGAGUGUGGGGAAGAGGUGCCAAGAAAGUGCACUUUCUCGUCUCGCGGCUUCGCCGCUCGAUUUCACGCUCGCGGCUACGCCGCGCGCGCCUGUGCUCCAUUCUCGCCUGCUGUACUCCAACGUGAGCCUGCUCGCAAGCUAAGGAGACUGGGAAUAGCACGACUUUCUAUUCGGUGAAGAGCGUCGAAGAUAAUUUUCCUGCCCAUAGUUCCGCGAGACACUCAGCUCCCAAAAAGCGCGGUAGUUCAAGACCAAACCUGAUUUUUUUCUCUUUAAACUUUUAAGUUUUCUAUUUCGGAUUUUAGAUGGAUGCAGAAAGAUGCGCGGACAACCAGUGCCCAAACGUGAAUACGCUUUGAAGAAACUGCCGAAGAAGUUUAUUUCCAGCUUGUAGGCCACUAUCUUCUAAAGGCGGCGAAAUACGAGAUACAAAAACCCUCAACUUGUCACGUAACAUUGUUUCGUUGCACUUUUUGGUCGAUGUUUCCCGUUUUUCACCUGGCGCGGUCAACUUGAAGAAAUGCGGCGCGCUGAUUGGUUGAUUUGCUAGGGCACGAGCAAAUUUGUUGCACGACAAGUUUUGAGUUUGAUGAAAAACGAGCAACAAAGCCAAAAUUUGUUGCUCAAAGUAGACCUGGGCUCUACUUUUCGCAACAACUUUCUUCAACCCGCAGCAAAUGUUUUUGUUGCGGGUCAAGUUAAUCAAGCAAGGUGAAAAACGGGAAACAUCGACGAAAACUUGCAACGAAACAAUGUUGCGCGACAAGUUGAGGGUUUUUGUAUCUCCUAUUUCGCCACCUUAAGUCUUGUUCUCAAGAUCUCGAAAAAGAAAAUCAACAAAACUUGUGUGGCUUCGAAAAUAAUCUUCAAGACAGUUUUUGGUAUUACAUAUUUGAAGUAAUUUCAUUAAAACAGCGUUCAACUGUCGGUUCAGUUACAAAAUGAUCCAAAAAGCAUAAUUCGAAAUGGUUUUGCGAUUUACUGGAAAUAAAACAUACAGAAUUUUAUUGAAUUUUGUUCAUAUUCUACUUUACUAUAGACCAUCAAUUAAGGCACUAUCAGCAUGUUCAUAUCUCUUCUGGAGCCCGUUUCUUGAAGCUCCCGGUAAUUACGGGGCCCGUUAAGCUGUUUUGUUUUCCAUUCCAGAGGGAGUUUCAAAAGGUUUGAAAAUUAUACAGUAAAGUCAUCAAAUAAAGAAACAGAAUGGACUUCAUCAGAGGUCAGAACACGCCCUACUUUUCUUGAGACUUUGAUAUUAGAAUCUGAUUCCGGGCCCGUUAAGUUACCGGGUCUUUCGAGGUUCGCGCAGAAUUCGUCAGUAUUUUACUGAUUUUCAGUUUGAAACACAUUAUACCUAACUUUACGCCAUUUCCAAUUGCUUACAUAGUGUUUAUAUCGAUCCAAUUAAGUGGAGAAGGUGAUUGAACAUGUCUAAUAUGUUACAGAAAAAAGAACUGUAUCGAGAGUGUAUCGAGGCACGCUAAUGUUGAACCGGGUAUUUCGAACCCCUGCUAUUUCGAACCAUUCUUCUUUGCCCCUCGGAGUUUAAAUCGAAAUAACGGGGUUCAUCAGUAUUCUAAUCGGUGAAGAUGAUCAUUCAUUACUGUGUUGCGAUAAUGAUUACUACUUUAAUACCAAGUGGAAAAUGGAGUCUUGGUCGUGUUGCGGCAACCUUAUAAUUACAGGGAAAUGCCCAAGAUUCUACCCUAAAGCUGCCAACGACCCAAUAAGUUUGUACAGAUCGAACAACGCAGAGUUUUUACGGUUCACUUCCGUUUCACACUCACAGAAUUUAAAUAAUUAUUCACAAUCAAACAGACUGUGCUUUACACGAAGAGCGGAACAACUUUUUAUGAGAGUCAAGAGUAAGUCAAGCAAAGCAAACAAGUUCCGUUGCUUUCUAAUCAGACGAUGUUUACGUGUGCGACUGUCUUGGUUAAUAUUCAUUUGCGACUUUUUUUUCACAUGCGUUUUCUAUUUUACAUAGACAGGGUUUCACAGUUGAAAGAAUUUGAAAUCAUAAUUUUGUAACAGAAACAGAUUAUAAAUGUUACAAACUCAUGAAACUUAAGGAGCUAGCAUAUAUUACACGCUAUUCAGUAAGAAUAAAAACAAUGACGCGAAAGCAGAGUCAACGUGGCAAACAUGCAGAAUGAUAAUAGAACACUUCAUUCCAUUGGACAAAUCCACGAUUAAACAAAACCGCUGUGGCAAAUAACAUUGGUUGUUAGAAUGACGCGGUUUUUUCAGAAACUUGUUCUGUUCUUGUUUGCUAGUCUAAAAAACAGGGCUUUAAAUAACAUAGAGCAAUAAUUACUAUUACGUUUUGAACAAGGUUUGAUGAGUAUCAAAUUCAAAGAAGAUUAUGGAUAGCCAGUGCAGUUAUUAGUAUUACUAGCAUCUGUAAUCGUUUUGGUAGGACGCGAUUUAGUCUUGGUUCAUUGCAGAUUGAGACAAAAGAAGUUGUUUAUGGCUUAUUAACUCAUGUUUAAGUCUAUGGACUUCAAAAUAACCGUGUUGAAUCGUUCUCAGUUAUAGAUACGUCUCAAAAUUUGACAAUCGAUUUUUUUUCUCAUGGCAGGUUCAACCAUUUCAAGUUAACGUCUUCCCUCACAGAGAAUUGUACAGGCCUUGAUUUGAGUAAAGGUAAGCUGAGCUAUUUAGAUAUGCCAGAUCAGUCAAAACAAAUCUAUGAAAGCUCAGUGGGCUCAACUUCGACAAACUUCUUCGUCGACAAACAUGACAAAAAAUUCACCGGAACAUUUUGAAAUGAUGAAAGCAAAAUGUCCUGUUUCGGCAGUUGUUGAGACCGACAGACAUUUAAAAAUCUCAUGUAAAUCUUUGUCUCUAUUCUGGACCCACCUGUUGCCUUAUCUUAUCACCAAAGACUAUUACCGAUAUUUUCAGCAAUAAUUCACACACGAAAUUUCUCCUCAAGUGCAGCGUAGCAGCGCAAGACACAAAAUAAUUUAAUGAUUGUUGAAAAUUACAAUCAAAAUUGCUUUUAUCUUCAGUUUGUUAUGUAAAACCGCACGAUGAAGGUGUUCUUACCGCUUUUCAGUUUCGUCAAAUUCAAUUCAGUAGUAGCUGAGACAACAGUGUACCAGUUUACCCAAUCAUCCACCCUGGGCUACCAGUGAGUACAAAUUUAUGGCAUUUGCUGAAUUCUCUAGUUUGUUACAGCAACAUUCUUUCGACGGUUUAAGGUUACCAGUAUACCUUCAAAUCGACAAUUUUCUUGAAAUUAGGAUUUUGGAGACAAAGUAACGGUCAAAGAGUAAUAUCUAAUUUCUGCAAAAAAUUGAAAAAGAAACCUAACUUUUGGCGGAGAAAUGGAGGUUUUAGGUUAUGGCCGGAGGUAAAAGUUACCCCUUUGACUGACAGCCCUAUAACGUGUAAUAAUCAACCGGGACCACUUUCGAGGGAUAGGAUUUUGUACAAGCCUUGAGCAUUAUUCGAGCAUUUAAGUAGCGUUUUCCUGGAAAAUUAUUAUUUUUUCCACAGAAUAUAGAAAUAAAAGUAUUUCCUUCAAGAGAAUGAAGACUUGACCUCUUCACUUAACUAUCACUGCAAGAAAGGGGACAAAGAGCAGACCAACAGAUCGUUUAGAGAAUUAUCUUCUGGCGUUUUGAAACUUUUACAUAAGUUGAUGUUAACUUGUUAUAUAAAGUAUACGUUUUUGUUAAGCGGUCUGAACUGUUAAGGUGUCAUGGUAGGUUGAUCGACAGUGUUUGGAAAUCGUGCUCUUAUGCGGGCGCUUUGAAAGAAAAUCCUUUCAACCUAUACAUUUUCCGAAAGCUUAAUAGUUAUAAAGUACAAUGAUAUCUUUGAAAUUUUCUAAAAAGUCAAUGUCGCAGUGAUAUUAAGAGAAAUACCCAGAAACACUGCUUCGCUUAAAUUGGUUCGUUUCCACGCAUGAAUUAUCAGAGCGGCGUCAUUAACAUCGCAAAUGUUUCCUAGCACAUCACCCUCACAAAAGGGGUCGGCGAUUUUCCAGAUGUGUGUGGGUGUGUGUUUUUUUACAGCCCCCUAAACUUUGAUAUUGUCAAUGCGGACGCACGAAAUUAAACAAAGCCCGACACGCAUUUUCGAAGGAAGUAUCCUUGAACAUGGCUGCCGAUUUUCAGCUAAUUCCGUCGGAACCCACGUAAACGAACUAAAAAUUUUCAUCCUUUUUAUUUUGCCAAGAAAACGACGAAAAAACGUUCUAUGAGGUUUCUAUGAUUAGCUGUUACACCCGCUUUCAGUGUUAUGUGCAUAGGCGACAUCUUCGUUCAUCUUUCGACAUGCUAUGUAACCUGGCCCAGAUCAAAAUGUUAACACAAAGUACUCUUUUACGGUCGAACUCGACGUUUAGUACUAAAAUGUGGAUUUAUUCGACAUCAAACUAAGGUUAGGAGUAUCAAGAAGUCAUUCUGUGAGAGAUAAAUCGACUGUUUUGAAUGUUUACAUCUUUUGAAUACUUAUGCUUUAGCGGCCUAAUUCUUCCGGAAGUCACCAUUGAGAGCUGAUCGACUACACGCAAAUCGUUUAAUUAUCUUGUAAAUGUGGAAACAUGCAAUGUUCGCAAAUCUUCUUCAGCCAUGUUAGGUCAGUAAUUAUCAUUCAUUUGUCAUUUCUUCCGCUAAUAAUAUGAAAAAUUGCCUAUUUCACAGCAAAACAGCCUUUAAAUAGCAUGUCGAAAGAUGGCAUGUCAAAAGAUGAAGGAAGAUGUCGCCUAUGCACGUGACACUGAAAGCAGGUGUAAAAUUGGUAUUAUGUUGUUCAACUUUACACCUAUUCGAUCUCCACAUAUUUUUAUAACCAUGCCUCAAGUAGCCAGAAAGGAAAAAUCUCGAGGUUGAACAAGCAAGCGAGCCAGCAAGCGCACCUUGCAUGCCAGUGCUCUGAGUGCUCACUGCGUCCAAACAAAUGAAAAACCGAGGAACAAAAUGCGCAUUCACUUUGGUUGUAGUACGACCCACGGUCACACAAAGCUUGGUCCACACUGGAUUCCUCGAUUCCAUUAGAUUUUCACCUCUUCGGCUUCUUUGAAGACGAAAUUUCCUUGCGUUUUCGUCCGGGCAUUAAGAAGAACAAAAGCUAAGCUUAUCAAGAACAAAAGCUAACUAGGGAUAAAAACCACCGAAUCAAGAAGAGUUCUCGUGCACGUAUCUUUCGUUCAACUAAAAUCACAUUACCCAUGACAACUGGCCGUGAAUUUUAAUUAGGAAUGGCAGAAACUUGGCAAUGCAUUGUCGGGGAUAAUGAGCUUCAAAUAUAGUUUUCCUCUUCCAUCUUAAAAAGUAAAAAAGCUCUUUUCCCCAUUUUUUUGCAAAAUAUUUAUCUCAGGUAUUUCAAUUUGAACAGCAUUUUUUUCCAUUUUUCCUAAAAUCCACCUACCAUGAUACCUUAAUUGUACUGAAACGUUAAAACUUCAGAAACCUUGCAGACUAUAUCUCAGAUUAAUUGUAAUGUCUCAGAUAUUUCUGCUUGCACGUGAUUGGUCUAUAUAUAAGCGUCAAGUGACUGAAUAUGCCCCAGCUAAAACGGGGGAAAAUCCUAGUGGCAUUCCACAAUUUUCUGAAGAUCCCGGGUGUGGCAAAAAAAUAUUUGAAGGAUAAUGAAACACAAUAGCCUCCGUUUGGCAUAAAAAUGUGCUCGGAUAUGUCCUUGGGCAAAGGGCUAGAAAUUUUUUCAAUGCAGGAAGGACUACUUGCCUGUCUUGGUUGGGUAAACUGUCAACUGACAAAUGGCAAUACAAUAACUGACAACUGACAAAUAAUCGAAACAACAAAUAACUGAGAACUGAAGUUUGUAGUCAGAUUUAUUAACAACAGACCAUUAAGGCCUUGCUCUUCAUGCCACGGGGAGAAGGGAAAUGUCUGCUGUUAUUUUAUUUUUUCCGGAAUAGUCAGAUAAAUGGUUAACUUUUCAAAAAUUGAACAAUUUCUAGAUUUUAUGAAAACUUUCCAAAGAAAUUUCCUUAUACCCAAUAUUUGUCACCGUUCCGAAAUUUUCGGAAUGUGUGAUUGACUUAGGCCGGAGGUUUUAUGUCUUUACUGUGAAAGGAACAACAGAUUCUUUUUCCUGUGGGUAAAAAUGUUCUUUCUUAUGCAAAAUAUUUUCAUUGUUCCUGCCAUGCAACAUGGCUGCUGUGCAAAACCUCUACACUUCUAGUCGCUUCAUGUCGCAGAAACCGGAAUAAGCUCCGGCCUGAUGGACCACUUGGUUCAUAUGCAGAAUUUACCUUACCUUACCUAACUGACCACUGACAACUGAGGGAUAAACGUCAACGCUGCUGAAAAGGUACCUUUGGAAUGUGCCCAAUUUGAUGUUGCAUUUUGCUAAGCAACCUUGCGUGGGACCUAAGCCGCCCAUCCGACAGUGUGUCUCUGUAGAUAAAAGGCGUAUGUCCAGCACUAAGGGAGGUACAGUUUUCCUUUGUUCCGCUAUCUGGACCGUGUACUCUGUGUACUGUCUGAACCCAUUUGAUAAGGAAAACAGUAGUAUUAUGCUCUACCCCACAGACUGAUUUACGAAGCGUGUCAAUGGCUGAACCAGUAUACGUUGUCAGUUAGAUGUGGGGGGUCCCAUGCUCAGCAGAGAUACCGUUCUGACUUCAAGUGAUCGAUAUAUAACUGCUAGUUGAUGUGAUGUUCGUAAGCUUCUCGUGAUUAGAAAUCUGCUCUUUUAGGCUUUAAAUUUAAACGUCUGAUCUCCUCAACGCUGUGAUCGAAUGGGAGAUAUCCAUGAGUAAUUCUCGAUGGUCAGCUAUUUUCUUAGGUUCCAACAGUCAAGUUUCUUCAUAAAUCACUUCACGACAAGAUGGGACCUUCGAUGUCUUAGCGCGAAUGCGUAUUACCUUUCUAGUUGAUGCUGGGAGAUUCUGCGCGGUGUAGCAAGCAUAGUUUAGCAGGUUGGCAAUUUUUAACUGAAACAAGGGGUACCAAUGCAUCCGUGAUCACUACUCGCUAACCUGCCAGCCCGGUAUUUUUUUGAGACAGCCAAACAGUGACUGAAAUAUUAUAUUGCUAGUGCCAGAACGCAGGUGCCAACUAGCAAAUACGAGCCCAACUGAGAUCCGAACAACUUGAGAUAAAUAAGCUAUACCGUGAAAUGAUGGAACCCCAAAGUGCCAGCUAGGCUCUGAGGUAAAACAAACAUUUACUACCUCAGAACAGGACGCUCAUAAAUAACUUAAAUUACAUCGAGAACUGCAACAACACACAACGACUACUUAUAAGAACCUGCGUACAUUUGAAAAUUAUGUACUAUUUUUGGAGACAUUUUGGGUAAUUUUCAUAUUGCGUUCUUGGGUAUUUUCUUGUUUUUAGAAUUCGGACUUCACAAGCAAUCACUAUGGCUCAAUUUUUUCGUACCCUUGCUGCCACCGUGUUUUUUAUGUUGGGUAAGUGGAACAUGUUUCUAACCAAUCCUUUCCGGCCCGACAGUGAUCAUCAUUGUCAUAUCUCUACCUAUGUAAAUACAGAGUCAAGCAUGCAGGUCCCACAAAUAUAGGAAUCCCUUACAGAGAACGGUAAUAAGAUCUGAAGAACUGGGUCCCUGAAGGAGAUGGAAUUAGCUUGCUUUUCCCUAAGUAGUUUUGUGAGAAGUGAAAUAUCUUAAUGUCUUUGUAAUGCUUACAUUUGGGGUCCUUCGACCUUCUUUCUUCUUUCAAGUCGCCAUGUACUGACUUGUAUAUGCUAGAGCCACGGCGGCUUGAUGGAAAUCGUUGUUUAGGUAACCCACAAAAAUCCGAAGUCAAAUAGCGUUGAACUGAACAAAGGACCUAAAAGUUACUGCAUUAGCGUUAUAGAAUUUGUUGUUUGUCAGUUUCGACUAUUGAUUUGUAGUUCAUCCUGCAAUAAAUUAAAAGAAGGUCUCCCUUCCAUAGACCUGAAAAAUGACGCUCAAAACGCCCAAAACCGUACAGUUCCGCUUUGGUUUUGAACAGUUUAUGAUUCCAUCGGAGUUUACACUAAAAGCUUAUUUUAGUGAACUUUGCAUUGGCCAUCGUUCUUGUCGUAUCGUGUAAAUUGGUAGAGCUGGAAAAAUGCUUUAAGUUGUGACGUGGGGUAGGGGAAGGCUGAGAGGCAAUAUUUCAUGAACGAAAUUGACUAAAGCAGCUUAUGCGUUGAAGAUAAAUCAGCACCCAGCCGUUACUGCAAGAAAAGGGUGUUCUUGAUAAGCCAUUAGCCUGAAAACAGACUUAAUCUCUACACUUCUUUCUUUCCUGCAGUUGUCGAGAUCUGCUGUUGGCCAUGUCCCCCAAAGAUGCGCCGUGAUAUGGAUGGCAAGCGUGGCGCUUACCCAACCCGGUAUCGGUGCAGCUGUGGCACUGUACUCUAUGAUCCAGGCUCAGAAUUAUGUUGCGACAAUAAUCGUUAUCCUAAACGCCGUGGUCACUUAUGCUGUGGUAAUCGAACAUACAACCGUUUUUCUCAGGUUUGCUGCGGAGGAGGCAAAGUGGAUUUGGGAUGUUGUGGGUAAGUGCAAUUCUUACAUGUACACGCCUUAUGAAGAAGCAACUGAGAAUACAUCUUUUCACAUCGCCAACAUUUUGCUUAUUGUAUAUCCUCUCCUUUCAAUGAAAAAUUUAGUCUUAAUUAGCGAAACGUAAACUGCUUUAGAAUUAUAUUAUUAAUAACUAUAACCAAGAGGCUUCUAGAAGGACACGAGGAAAAUUCACUCAUUUUAGUUUGAGUAAUAUACAGAUGUAACAGUACAUGCUAUCAGUAUACGAAUUUCAGUUACCAAAUCCAAAAAAGAGCGCGCUCUUGACAGCAACCUUGGCAAGAGAUGGGGAGCAAUAAAAUGUAAAUCAUUUUUUUCUCCAAGGUUUAAUUUUGGCUUAGAGGCCAAACCCUAGAAAGGAGAUCGUGUGAGUUGGUUUAAGUUAUUCUUUUUUUCAAUAUUCAUUAGGCUAAGCAAAACAAAUAGUUUGAGGGCAGCAGAUUUUUUUUUUUUAAAAAUGACAGACUCAAGGAAAAAAACAAAAAUCGACAGAAACGAUCCACUAGCCCGCCUGUCCAGCCCAAAUCCCUACCAGAGAAGAUCUUACCAUUAGAUUUUAAUCUGACGUGCUAGUGGAGUUUCAAAUAUCUCCGCCUGUUUGAAUUUUCUUCCCGGUCAUUUAGCAAAGUUUAUAGUAGAAUUUCUUAUUCUUAACUCACUCUUGAGCCGACCUUUCUCUGAUGCAGUUGUUCACUAAGAUCGUAGUAAAUUAACACAUCAUGAUCGUCAAUAACACUGCUUAUAAUCUACCGUACCAAAUAUUUUCGCUUGCAGGCGAUUGGUUUAAAAGCUUCACGUGCCUGAAUAUGCCCCACCUAAAACUGGGAAAUAUCCGAGUGAUGAUCCUUAGGUUUGAAAACUGCGCGAACUGCGAAAAAUAUUUGAGAGGAAUAGUCACAAAGGCCUGCAUUUGGCGCGAAAAUGUAUUCGCAUUGUCCUUGGGCAUUAUGGGCCGAUCGAUUAUUUAAACGAAGUCUAAGAUAUAACCAUUGUUUGGGGUUGAGCCGAGGUUAAGACGUUGUCUCGAUAAUCAACGGCUUAGUGAUGUUUAAAAUUUAUUACUAAAACACGAGUCAACCGGGUUUUCUCGAAUCAAAGCAUAUUCCUAUGGAAAUGCACUGUUUGCGGACUUAUUUUGCAUGCAAAUUCUGCAGCAUGGCUUCUAAAAGUCGCACAACAAAUUUCAGCGAACUAGAAAUAUUUAAUUUACCAGAUUGCGUAGAGACUUUCCAGACGUGGGAAGCAAAGGCUAUGACAGUAAAGCGUUGGCAAAAGAAGAAAAGGCGUGGGACGAAAUUUUAACGAAAUUUUUUAACUCCCAAAAUCCUAACGGUAUCAAAAGCGAACUCAGUCAGCUUCAAGGACGUUGGAGGCAGCUGAAU